ACAGGCAGUCGGAAGAGAGAGGUGAAAAAUGCACCAGAUUUACAGCUGUAGUGAUGAAAAUUUAGAAGUUUUCACCACUGUGAUUUCAUCCAAAUCAUGUAGUCCAGCCAGAAGAAAAGCCAAAAGCACGCAACACAUCCUAACAAAAAGAGUGGUGGCAGUGUCUGAUUAUCGGCCCUGUAGGACAGAGGACUUGCUUCCAAGCCAAGUCCUAUACAAAGAUGUGGUGAGGAACUUUGGCAGCUUGCAGAAUGAACAGGAAGGAUUCUGUCCUGCCAAGCACAUGGGAAUUUCUGAACAAGAGUCAUCAAAGUCCUGUGAUAACCAGUUGGAUGGAAAAUCUUCUCAACCUUCGACAUCCCCAGUCACCCAUAUCACAGUGAAACAGGCUGCAGCCAUAGAACCAGCUACACAGGACAGUGCUUCUGCAGAAGACCAUAGACGGCACUCGAGGAAGAACACUGAGCAUGACUUAACCCUCGCCCCAGAAGCAGAUGCUUCUUUACCAUUGACUGGCAACAAUUUGUGCGGAACACCCGGCAUCCUGAGGAAAAUGUGGAUGAAGCACAAGAAGAAAUCAGAAUAUCUGGGGGCAACAAACAGUGCCUUUGAGGCUGACUGACAAGCCUCAGCUUUGCUUUUGCAGGAUGCAUAUUCCUUUAGCAAGGGCAGAAGGCUUCAGGAUUUCCCUAGGGUUGGAUGUAACUCUGUUGAUGAAUAUCUGAGGACAUAACAUUACUUGUGCUAUUCAGGGCAUUUGUCUAACCUGGAUAGAUGGAAGGGUAAUGGAGAUAAAAGAUGAAUGUGAGUUAAUUCAACAGCCAUAUUUUACUAGAAUAUUUCUGAUACCAGUACAGUUGUAACAGAUUCCACCUUUGAUUUGCUAAUGCUAAAACUACUGUUGACUCAU